CGAAGUCCCACCGUAGGGAGAUCCAUCUCUAGGGGAGACCAGACAAGCCCAGAAACGGUUAAUUACGCUACGCUACGCUUCUCAUCUCAACACCGACCGACCCCGAACAGGACAGGACGACUUUAAAUUCAGAGGAGGCCCCCUUGACCUGAACUCUUCAUCAACCUCUUGGCGUCAUUCUUCGCCUCUUUUAAUUCAUAACCUCCGCUGUUCUCUAUCACCGCGGACUCUUUUCUUCUUCUUUUUCUCCCCUCUUCUCUACCCCACCAUACAACAUCUAUCACCAUGGAUCUGAACCCCAAGUACGACAACUAUGAUUUCCCCAUCAAGGGCCCUGAGAAGCAGGAUGGCCACGCCGGCUACCUCACAGAGGACCAGAUCGCCAAACUCCACCAGUUCCGCAUGAUGCUUGAGUCCGAAGGUUGCACUGAUCGAUUGGACACCUUGACUCUGCUUCGAUUCCUCCGAGCGCGCAAGUUCGAUGUCGAGGCCGCCAAAGCCAUGUUCUUGGAUACUGAGAAAUGGCGAAAGGAGGUUAAGCUUGACGAGACUGUGCCUGUCUGGGACUAUCCCGAGAAGGCUGAGAUCGGAAAGUACUACACUCAGUUCUACCACAAGACCGACAAGGAUGGACGACCCAUCUACAUCGAGACCCUUGGUGGUAUUGAUCUGACCGCCAUGUACAAGAUCACCAGCGCUGAUCGCAUGCUCCUGAACCUCGCUGUCGAGUACGAGCGCGUCGCCGAUCCCCGUCUUCCUGCCUGCUCCCGCAAGGCCGGCCACCUCCUCGAGACAUGCUGCACCAUCAUGGAUCUCAAGGGCGUUUCCAUCACCAAGGUUCCCCAGGUUUACUCUUACGUUCGACAGGCCUCUGUCAUCUCCCAGAACUACUACCCCGAGCGUCUCGGCAAGCUGUACAUGAUCAACGCCCCCUGGGGUUUCUCCACCGUUUGGAGUGUUGUCAAGGGCUGGCUCGAUCCCGUCACCGUCUCCAAGAUCAACAUUCUCGGUUCUGGAUACAAGAGUGAGCUCCUCAAGCAGAUCCCCGCCGAGAACCUCCCCAAGCAAUUCGGUGGCGAGUGUGUGUGCGAAGCUGGCUGUGAGAACAGCGAUGCUGGUCCUUGGCACGACCCUGAGUGGGCUCGUCCCGCUUGGUGGGAGAGAAAGCAGGAUGCCAACGUCAUCGAGAACAAGGGCUCUGAGAUUGAGGAGCCCGCAAAGGCUCCUGAGGCUGCUCCCGCUGCCGAGGGUGCUGAUGCUACCCAGACUGCCCCUGCUCCCGCCCCUGCUGCCGCUUAAAGAAGAGUACAUGUACUAAAGGUGAAGAACAUGGAAGAAAGAUAGACGGGCGGGUUUGCGACGUCUUAAUAUAGACCACAUAUUUUCUCUCGUUUACCAUGCUUUUUUUCAACAAAUGGGGUUUGAGAGGUUAUCUGAGCGAAGAUAUAUAUAUAUAUAUAUAUGGUAAAAACACGUUGGAGGAGAGUAUGGCGGAGCGUGACGUUUGUAGGGAGCACAAAAAAAGACUUCCAACCCCCUUCUUGUUCUGCUCGGUGUAUAAACAUGCUCAUGUGGACGUUUUAUUUCGUGUGUGCCUAGACUUAUGUUAGAUGCUGGCUGACUGAGGUUCCUGACUAUGGCUGCAAUAAUUCUCAACAAUAGACGCGGUCUCGAGAUUUGUGUUGUAAAAUGUGAAGUGACAUUGCCGAUUAAUCCAAUUCAAUCCAAUGCGCCCCAACUCCCUGUUCGUAAUACACUGAUCGCCGCCCUGGGUAUAUAUGCAAUCAAGACAAGGGAUGUCUUUUAUCGUCCCUGCGUAACGACAUACUCGCCCGCCACGCGCGCUCUCUGCAUCUUGGCCACCACGGCAGGCAUAUCGCGCUUCAAUCUUCCCAGACCCUCGACAGCUCUUCGAAAUCCUUUCUCCACGCCAUCUUGUCUCUCCAGUGGUUGGACAUCCAAAUCCACUUCAGCGGCCUCUGCUAUAAUCUGCUGUUUUCGCGCUUCGAGCAUAUCGUCGUCGCGCUUUAAACUAUCGCGUAAUUGCUCUGCUUGCGCCUCGGCCGUUGUAGCGGGUACCGAGCGUUUCAACGCCGCAACGUCCUCGAGAAGCUUUUCUUCUUGUGUGAUUAAAUCUGCCACGCGCCGGCGCUUGCGUGUAUCGAAAGGUUCGUAAACGGUAUCGGGCUCGACGUUUGAUUCGGAGAGGAAAGAGUCUGGAGAUACGGGGAGGCCGUUUAUCGAGAGAUUUGGAGAGGCGAAGGAGAAUGUUUUGUCGAUGUACU